AUGGCGAGCGACCGGGUUGUACAAGAUUCACAAGAUUCUCUGGGCGACCUUGACGACUACCAGGGCGAGUCUGAUCGCGAUGAAGGCGUCUCAGCGACUACGUCGGCUCCCACAAAGAAGAGAUCCUUCAUACAAGGUCUCAAGAAGGCCGUUUCCAGCCUGGGAAGCUCCAAGAGUGCGUCGAAAGUGCAGCCGGCUCCAAUCGUAGCUCAGUCGGCAACUUCCCUUUCAGCUGGAACAUCGAGCCGACCUGCCACAUCCGGCGGACAAUCCAAGGUUACUUUUGGCGGCUUAGGAGCAUAUACCAGUGCAGGCCUUUCCGGCGGUCGCCCUGCUUCGUCUGCAUAUUCGUUCAGUAAUCGGCCACUGACUGCCACCGGUGCAGGUCCUCUUGGCGGACCAAGCGGUCGCCCCGUUUCGUCUGCGUACUCCUUCAGCAAUCGGCCGCAGACUACCACUGGUGCAGGUCCUCUUGGUGGACCAAGCGGUCGCCCUGCUCCGUCCGGAUUCCCCUUCAGUACUCGGCCACAGACUGCCACCAGUGGACGAUCGCAGUCCCCCUUCAUUUCUAGACCGGGGACGUCAUACUCAGCAGGACGUCGAACUCCUACACCCGGUAGAAUGUCGCCAGCCUUCCAACCCAUCUACUAUAGUACUGCCAACAAGGGUCUCAUUGCACACACGCCCGCACCCCCACCAUUGGACGACCUCUCCGAACCAGAAGAAGAUGAAGAGGAUGAAGAGAAAGAUGAAGAGAUGGAAGACGCUGAUGGGGACGGCACACAAGCCACCUCUGAUAGCAAAUCGGACUCAAAAAGCUCUUCCUCUUCACGUAUCAAAACCCCCGAUGCAGCCGUAGACGACGAAGGGGAUGUGGCCAUUGUUGAUCCUGGCCAAGACCAAGACCAAGAGCUGAUCGACCAUGCAAAAUAUUGGGCGCUCUCCGAAAAGCUAGACGAAGAUGGCUGGCUACCGCUAGUCAACGCUGCUUACGAGGAUGAAGCGAAGACAGCCUCUACUUUCAUGGGCGGUUGCAGCCAUCGCGCCUGGCUGUUUGCGGCGGACGAAGUGUUGGCUACCAUGAACCUCGAUGUCCUCAAAGCGAUUUCUACGCGUGACGGCAAUCUGGCACGACUUUACCAGCUCGAUGCUUCUGUCGCAGCCGUGAUAGAUCGAUAUAAAGGCCGCGGCGUGAAGCAGCCAACCGUGUACGUCCGCUGUCUCACAUUGGGUGACUCCCGCGAGCCCUUGACGGUUGAUCAGGCGUUGAUACUUUCAUCGAACGCGUUGUAUUAUGCUCAACAAAUACCUUCCAAUGCCGAUAAUGCCUACAAGAUCGACAAAGCUGCCAUUGGCCUGGCAAAAGUCGACAAAAGCAAAAGCGACGCUGGGCAUCGCCACUUCCUUCGGACGGCCACGAAGGACAUAGACCCUUCCCGAAAGCGACGCUUGAUGACCUUUGCACGAGUGCUGGCGAAGAUUGCCCUUGAAUGUCGCAGUCGGAACAGGACAACAAUGCCGGUGAUGCAGUAUGUCGGGUACGCAAAGAACGUCAAAGUCCGAUCCAAGCAGCACGACAAAAUGGGAGACAGCUCGAACUGGCUUUGCAUUUUCGCUCGCGCGGUACUUCUGGCCAUGGGUUACGAUCCGAAGGUGGAUCUGUUCACAGUGUGUCUAAUCAGCGAGGAGUGGGACGGCCCGGUAGCUGAGAUGCUUAUUACCCGACUUGCCCGUGCGUACUACCUUGCAGGAGGGUUCAGCAUCGCCCAGGCCGGAGCAAGCAUGGCUAGUAUCAAGAUGAGGGACCUGACCGACGAGAAGCGCAAGGCUUAUUGGGACGAAAACAUUGAGUGGGUGAAGAACCCAGCCAAGACCGCAUACCGCGCCAACCAGCUCAGAGAGCGUGAGCUGCGAAGGACGUUGCAAGCCGCUACGUUCGAACGAGCCAUUUCCGCACGGAAGGCCAAGUUGGGGGUUUAUAGGAAAGACACAGCGCUUAUGAGCAAGAUUGCUGAGCAGGAGCCGCAUGACCCUGCUGAACUACAAAUCUUGCGCGAAGCGUUCCCAGAAGCGUUGGACAACUUCAAGGAGGUGAAGGAAUACGCGGCUAAUCGCAGGGGAGUGUGA